UAGUUUUUUUAACAGUUCGUCGACUAUUUAUAUUUCUACACUUCGCGAUCGUUUGCUUUCAGAUGUGAUAGAAGUACGAAUAACCAGUUCUGUAAAUGAUUGUAACACAUUGUAUUCAAGAACACGAAAGCAAUUUCGUUUUGAAAUAAAAUCGACAUGAGUUCUACUGUUGUAUCAACUCCUAAGGGAAAAGUGAAAGGUAAAAUUGUGGACUUAAAAGUGAAGGAUGCAAAGUUGGUGCACGUAUUUCGAAAUAUUCCUUUCGCUAAACCGCCAGUAGGAAGCCUGAGAUUUAUGCCACCUCAACCAGUCGAACCAUGGAGUGGAGUCAGAGAUGGAACAGUAGCUGGUAGUGUACCGAUGUAUGCCCGCGUCAUUGAUGACAUGUUUAGACCAUAUAUUCUAUUGCCCGAUACUUGUGACAGCGAACUGAUUGUAGACGAAGAUUGUCUGCAUGUGUCUGUCUAUACUCCACAUUUAGAAAAAGACAAAAAACUCCCAGUGAUGGUGUGGUUGUUUGGAGGAGGAUUCAGCAUGGGCUCGGAACGUCUCUAUGACGGAAGUAUGCUGGCUGGAAUGAACGAUGUUGUCGUCGUUGUGCCUAAUUACCGGGUUGGGAUAUUCGGCUUUCUCUCUCUUGGACCUUCUUCGAUCUGUACGGGAAAUGCUGGAUUGUUAGAUCAACAGAUGGCAUUGAGAUGGGUGCAAGAAAACAUUGACGUGUUUGGUGGCAACAAGAAAAAUGUGACCAUAUUCGGUGAAAGUGCGGGAGGAAUCUCAGUAAACAUGCAAAUGUUGUCUCCUCUCGCACGUGGUCUAUUUCACAAAGCGAUAAGCCACAGUGGACAAGCAAUCGUGAAAGGAUUAUUCCAGACCGCUGAAAAAAAUGCCGAGAAAAUUAAAAAAUGUUUGACGCAUUUGAAGAUUGAAGAAGAAGAUGAUUGUAAAAUACUAGAAGCAUUACAAAAAAUCCCAGCCAAUGAUUUGGUAAAUGCGUCCAUGGAUUUGUCUCUACAAAAAGUCUUGUUUGUACCAACAUUUGAUGGAAACGUCUUUUCAAAAAACCCAGAAGAGUAUGUGAAAGAUAAAGAUUUUGCAAAAAUACCGUAUAUCAUUGGAUGCAAUAAAUCAGAAGGUCAUGGAAUUCUAUCAGUUUUUCUAUCACCCAAUUAUCUAACCGGAAUUGCAGAAGAAGAGGAAGUAUUCAAGGCAAUAUAUAUACCACUAUCAAAAGAGGGUUUUGAAAAGUGCAAAGAAUUCUAUCCUGCAGACGACCAAGACUUGCAAAAAUGGAGCAAACUAAUGGGAAAUAUACUCGGUGACGCAAUGUUUGUUGCACCAGCUGUAGAGAUUGCAUCAGUUCAUUCUGCUUCGGGUGCACCGACAUAUUUCUAUCACGGCGAUUUCAAUCUAAAGCUGUUUCAAGAUAAAGAAUACGGACCAGAAGUGGGUAAACGGCCAUAUUGGUGCGAUUGCGAUCAUAGUGACGACAUCCUGCUGACGUUUGGAAUACCUUUCACAACAAACAAGCUUCCAUUAGGCACAAAAUAUACCAAUGAGGAAAAAGAAAUGAGCAGACAGUUCAUGAAAUAUUUGACGAAUUUUGCUAAAACAGGAGAUCCAAAUAAAGGACAAAAAGUAGAUACGAAGUGGCCAAAGUACGUUUCCAAAGGAAGACACCUCGUUAUUGAUACUCCGCUUUCGGUCGGAGAGAAUCUAUCAGAAAAAGUAGCAAAAUUCUGGAACGAAGUGAUGCCUUCUCACAUGAUCGAUAAUUAGGUUGAAAGAAAAUAGCCGAAAAGCUUCAAUGUGACUAAUUAGAUGUUAUAGUUUGAUUCUAUUUUCCAAAAUUCAUGGCGUUGGAAGCAUUUUUGCACAUAAAAAUUGAAAAAAAAACUGAAAAGAAAGAAUACUCAUAUAUA